UUUAUCUCUUUCUUCUGCUUCACGUGUUUCUCCACGUAUUCCCUGCAAUUAUUGCUGAUAUGGUUCUAAUGAUUCAGCGAAAGAAGCCAAUGGCGUUGAAACUUGCAUACAAGGCGACCAAGCAGGUUUUUAUACUGCAUUACUUCAUAAGUACAUCUUGGAUCAUAAAAACGGAUAAACUGAAGACCGUGAUAAAUCGUUUGAAUACUACCGAUGAAGAGGAAUUUUUAUUUGACAUGAAACAGUUAGACUGGCAUGAUGCAACCUUCGCAGGGAUAGAAUGCCUCCGGUACUCCAUAAACGAUACGAUGGACUCACUUCCGUAUGCGAAGAAGAGGUAUCGAAAAUUGAAAAUUCUUCACUACAUCACGGUUACUAUUAUCUCCAUGGUUGUCUUUUUCUUCCUUUUUAAGAUAAUUUGUAGUUAAUUCUAAUCUCUGUUAUUGAUAUCGCAA